UGUACUAAUAUAUUCCCCUCACUCCCCUUCCACUUUUGCACUCAACUCAAGCCAUCAUUCACAAUCGAUCUCCCUCUCUGCAUUUUCUAUUUCUCCUUUAUCUGCAAAUAGCAGCAAAUGGCUCGGCUUAACCUCAUCCUUGUCUGGUUAUUUUUCUCCACUCUCUGUCUUUAUUAUUGUCCUUCCUCUGCUCAGCUUAGUCGACACCACUACGCAAAAACAUGCCCCAAUGUCGAAAACAUCGUCAGAGAAGCAGUUAAAAAGAAAUUUCAUCAAACAUUCGUCACGGUCCCUGCUACCCUCCGUCUCUUCUUCCACGAUUGCUUCGUGCAGGGUUGUGAUGCUUCGGUUUUGGUUGCGUCCACGGGAAACAACAAAGCAGAGAAGGAUCACCCUGAUAAUCUUUCACUUGCCGGAGAUGGGUUUGACACGGUGAUUAAGGCAAAAGCAGCAGUGGAUGCAGUUCCGCUGUGUAGGAACAAAGUUUCGUGUGCUGAUAUUUUAGCCAUGGCAACACGAGAUGUUAUUGCACUGGCUGGUGGGCCUUUCUACGAAGUUGAAUUGGGAAGAUUUGACGGGCUAAGAUCUAAAGCUUCAGACGUAAACGGGAGGCUGCCUCAGCCAGAGUUCACCUUGAACCAGCUCAAUUCACUGUUUGCGGCGAACGGUCUCACCCAGACAGAAAUGGUAGCCCUUUCAGGUGCGCACACUGUGGGAUUCUCCCAUUGCAACAAGUUCUCAAAGAGAGUGUAUAAUUUCAAGAGCAAAAGUGGAGUGGACCCUGCACUGAACGAGAAAUACGCAUCACAGCUAAAGUCAAUGUGCCCAAGGAAUGUGGAUCCAAGGAUUGCCAUCGAUAUGGACCCAACCACACCACGAGCAUUCGACAAUGUUUACUACAGAAAUCUUCAGCAAGGGAAGGGCCUCUUCACCUCUGACCAAGUUCUCUUCACGGAUUCAAGGUCCAAGGCCACCGUCAAUGCUUUUGCCAGUAGCAGCAAAAUCUUCCGUGCCAAUUUCGCCGCUGCCAUGACCAAAUUGGGUCGAGUCGGAGUAAAAAAUGCACAGAAUGGCAACAUUCGUACAGAUUGUUCAGUCAUCUAAUUUUCCACAAACAACACAUCCUCAGGGAUUCGUUGUGUAUAUUAGGUUUCCUUUAUGUUUAAAAUAACAAGUAUUGAAAGAAUUUAAUUUAUCA